CUCUCGUGCACGUAUCAGUCCUUCAGCAGCUCAACAGAGGGCAUCUGGUACUUCUAAGCAAACGACCACCAUGCAGCGGCGUCACUCUUUUCACAGCUUGUCGAGCACAGUGGACGAGAAGAGCUUGAACAACGAGAGCAAGCCGAGGCAUAGGCAUGCCCAGAGCGUCAAGCCAGUGCUGGUUAUCCACAGUGGUGCAGGGGUGAUGCGAACCGACACCCCAGUCGAAGAACAGGAGAAAUAUCGUAUUGCAUUACGCGGUGCGCUCAAAGCCGGCCACGCCGUGCUCUCUGCCGGAGGGGAGUCGAUCGACGCCGUCACGGCUGCAGUGUCAUUCAUGGAAGACUGCCCCUUGUUCAACUGCGGACAUGGGGCUGUCUUCACCCGCGAGGGGACGAACGAGCUCGAGACCUCCCUCAUGCUCAGUAAGCCGCCUUCUGCUGCUGUUGGCCCCGCCCCGAUCCCGCCUACGAGGAGGGGAAUAAGCGUCACCCUCGUCCGGCGUGCCAAGAACCCCAUCCAGCUGGCCCGUGCACUAUAUCUCAACCCCCAAGCAACACCGCACUCCAUGAUGUCUGGUCCUGCAGCCGAAGAGCUAGGAGCAGCAUUUGGCGGCCCGAAGCUGGUGGACCCGAGUUACUUCUGGACCGAAAAACGGUGGAGAGAGCAUCGGAGAGGAUUGGGCUUGCCCGAAGAGCCGCUGCCAGAACAUGGGAAGCACGGAGAGGGUGAAGGAGGGGAUAUGAUGGUCAUGCCGAAGGGGACUGUGGGUGCUGUGGCCCUGGACAGCAGGGGAUGUAUCGCCGCCGCGACCAGUACGGGCGGGCUGACGAACAAGAUCCCUGGUCGAGUUGGGGAUACACCCGUCAUGGGCGCUGGGUUCUGGGCAGAGGAGUUCGAGGUUUCCGGGUGGGUGAGGAGGAAGCUCAGGAAGUUGUUCAAGGGCACUGCUAAGUCUGGGGUGGGGAUCUCGUGCACGGGCGAUGGCGACUACUUCAUUCGCCGUUCGGCGGCGGUGGAGGUCGCUCACCGUAUGCAGUUCCUUGCCCAGCCGCUCGCUAAAGCGUCGAAGACUGUGAUAGAGGAGCUACGUGUGGAUGGCGGCAUGGGUGGGCUCAUCGCUGUUGACCUGGCAGGGAACUACUUCUUCCCGAUGAACUCACCUGGUAUGUAUCGGGGUGUCAUCACAGAGGAGGGCAUCCCCAAAGUCGCGAUCUUUGACUUUGAAGAACUCGAGUGA